AGUAGCAAAAAACAGGGCAUCAUGGAAGUUUCUCCUCUCUACGCUUGUCUUGCUCUGUUUCUCGUCAUCCUAACUUUCAAACUCUUCACAACCAAAAACCACCGCCGCCUACCUCCGACACCAUCUCCGCCGCUUCCCUUCAUCGGCCACCUCCACCUCCUGACCCCGCCCCUCCACCGCACCUUCCACCGCUUCUCCCUCACACACGGCCCCAUCUUCUCCCUCAAGCUUGGCGUCCGCCGCGUCGUGGUCGUGUCAUCGCCCGAUCUCGUCGACGAAUGCUUCACCCGAAACGACGUCGUUUUCUCCAACCGGCCGCGCGUGCUGGUGGACAAGUACAUCGGCUACAACCACACCACCAUCGCCGGCGCCCCCUACGGCCCCCACUGGCGCGGCCUCCGCCGCCUCGGGGCUGCCGAGGCGCUCUCCCCUGCCCGCCUCAACGCGCUCUCCGAGGCCAGGCAGGACGAGACACGCCGCGCCCUGUCGAGGCUGGCCGCGGCAGCGACAGCAGGCGGAGGUGGAUUCUCGGCGGUGGAAUUGAGGCCGAGGGUCUUCGACAUCAUCUUCAGCAUUAUCAUGAGGAUGCUCGCCGGAGAGAAGUAUUCUUCCUCCGGCGCCGGCGAGGGGGAAUUCGGCGGAGAAAUACAGGAGAUGGUGAGUGAGGUUUUCGAGUCGGCGCAGUCGUCGAAUCCGGAGGAUUUUGUGCCGUUUUUGAAGUGGAUUGAUUACAGAGGAUUAAAGAGGAAGCUGAGUGAUUUGGGGAAAAGGCUCGACGAUUUUUAUGAGGAGCUGCUGGCUGAGCAACGCCGGGAGAGGAGGAGCGACACCGUUAUCGGCCACCUGUUGGCAAUGCAGGAAUCGGAUUCUCAAUUCUACACGGAUCAAACCAUCAAAGGCUUUAUUACGAAUAUGAUAGUUGCGGGCACGGAUACAUCAGUCGUGACAAUAGAAUGGGCCAUGUCCCUUUUGCUCAACCACCCCAAUGUCCUCGAAAUCGCUAGGCUCGAGCUCGAUUCAAAAGUCGGACCCCAUCGUCUAGUGGAGGAACGUGAUUUACCUGAUUUAAAUUAUCUUCAGAACAUUAUUUCAGAGACGUUCCGUAUGUUCCCUGCCGGCCCACUAGUGGUGCCACGUGAGUCAUCUGCGGAUUGUAAGGUCGGUGGGUAUGACAUUCCAAGUGGGACGAUCUUAUUGGUCAAUGCUUGGGCCAUUCACAGAGAUCCUGAUGUGUGGGAAGAGCCAAUGAGGUUUAAGCCCGAGAGAUUCGAAGGAGGGAGAGAGGUGCCGACAGAGAAUUUGUUGCCGUUUGGGAUGGGGCGCAGGGCGUGCCCUGGGGCGGGUUUGGGGCGACGAAUGGUCGGGUUGGCGUUGGCGUCGUUGCUUCAAUGCUUUGAUUGGGAGAGAAUGGGCCCGGACCAAGUUGAUUUAGCUGAAGGAGUUGGGUUAACCAUGCCCAAAUUAAAGCCCUUAGAGGCUAUGUGCAGACCAAGACAAAUCAUGCUAGAGGCUAUUUCAACAAGGAAUGUGAUCGACUAAAUUGUUCGAUCCUAAGUAGUUUAUAUUAAUUGAGUUGUGUGUCUCUUUAUUUUGGACUUAAUUAGGUGUGCAUUAACUGCAUGUAUUUAAAUAAGAGCAACACGUUUGUGUGGGUGCCAAUUUGAAUAAAUUUAAGACAAAAACUUUUGUGGAUUUAAUCCGCAUUC